AUGACCGUACACUCAACCAUGAAGCUUCAGAAACCGAAGCUAAAAGCUUCAAGAUCAAAUUUUGAAACUAACCCAUUAUUCAAAACCACCACCAUAACCCAAAACAACAUGAAGUUACUCAAGGUCAUUCUCACUGACCAUGAUGCAACCGAUUCUGACUCUUCCGGCGAAGAUGAACCCUCGCCACCACAAAAGCUUCGAGGGAAGAGAGAAAUAACCGAAAUCACCAUGCACAUGAACUUUCCUCUUGUAUCUGAAUCUCCUAAAACCUCACCUUCUUCUUCAGCUUGCUCCACUGACCCGACCCGUUUCAAAAGACGUGGAAAAGUAGUCAAAAAAUCUGGUAUUGCUCGCCGGGAAAACAUGUUCCGUGGCGUUCGUCAGAGACCGUGGGGUCGUUGGACUGCCGAGAUCCGUGACCCGAACCAACGAAAACGCGUCUGGUUAGGAACUUUCGACACGGCGGAGGAAGCCGUCGCUGUGUACGACGAAGCCGCCGUGAAGCUUAAGGGUCCAAAGGCAAUUACCAACUUUCCCGGUAAAAUUCCCAACAACGACGCCGGUAAUAAAGAUGACAACGAGCAAUCGAAAUUUUUCUCCGGCGACGGUUUUGCUUCUCCGACCUCCGUUCUGCCUUACUACGACGGUGACUCGACGCCGUUUGACAGUUUUCGUUACGGAACAGUGGAUGCGUUUGGCUUCGAUAUUGACACGCCGUUAAGUUUAACGGAUGUUAACUUUAUCGGGUUUGGGAAAGAAAAAGAAGAGUUCGGUGAGUUUGACUUGGACGAAUUCAUGACGUGGCCCAGUUAA